GCGAGCGAGGCGCGCGCGCACACAGGCGCACACCCGCCAGCCCCGCUAGCUUAGAGAUCCCGGCCACGUAAGUAACUAUUAAUACCGCCUCGCCGGGAGAUGCGGGCGUGCUGAGCUCGGGGACUGGCCUCGGGCACCGUCGGCCAUCCCCUGCAAUUUUAAACACUCUUCCCUCCGAGGGGGAAAGGAACACAUAAAAGAAGAGGAAGAAAAGCCGGCAAUUUCCUCCAAAACCAAUCCGUCCAGGCAGAUCGGGUUUAGGGUAGGGGAAGCCGGAGUGGUUGCAAAUUCUUCCGAGGCAGGAUCCGGUGACCCGGCGGGAAGGAACGCCGCGGGCUGGCAGGGCUGGGGGCGCAUCCCCUUCCAGCGCCCGGAGGACCCCCGGAAGCUCGGCCAGCCGGGGAAAUCGGAGACCAUUGAUCUGCCCUGGACUCUGCCCGCGCUUCUCCCUCUCCUCGGAGGACCACCCGGAGCCCCGGCGAGCGGCGGCAGCAUGAGCCUGUGCUGACCGCCGGCCGGCCGGCCAAGCCUGCGCUUCGUCGCGGUACCUGAGCCCGGCCCGCGCCGCCACCCCGCGCCCGGCUUUUGCAAUCUUUUGUUGGCCGCGCUGACCGCUCCAAGUUAAAUGCUCCCUUGCUUUUUUUUUUUUUUUUUUUGGUCUGUUUGUUUAAUUCUUGGGAGAGCUCUUGCGAUCUUGGAAAAGCCUCAGACGCCAUCUACAGUUAAGUCGUAGAUAACUACCCUCUCCGGCAACCCCCCCCCCUUCCACGCCCCCCCACCCUUUCCACCAAAAAAGGGGGUGCAGCGCGGAUUCCGCCUGCCGCGCGGCGCGAGCCGGUAGACCCGUGCUGAUUUCCUUUCUCUUUUUGUCGGGUUUCUAACGCGCGGAGAGCAAGCGGCCGCCGUGCGCUCCCCGAAGAUUGCACCAACUCGAGCAGGGCUCCUGCCACCCAACCCGCCUGCAAGUCUGAAGCCUGCGUGGGGGUCGCUCCGGGGGACCCGGCGCUGCAGCUCCCACUUGAGCAACCCGGCUCCUCGCCUAGAUCCACGUUGGAAACAGAGGGAGAGAGAAACUAAAAGUGCCGCGAUUCUGCACAUCGCUGGCUGCUUUGGGGCAACAAAAGGACCCGAGCCGCUGCCGACCUAGUGCCCCCGGGAGCCGGGCUCGGAGCAGACCAGGUGCCCAGCUGCGCCCUGCUGGGGCUUCUAACUCUCUCUCCGCGCAGCCCCCUUCCCGUCCCCUCCCCUCGCGCCCCCUUUUAAAAUCCGUGGCACGGAGGCGCCUGCAGCCGCGCUCGCCAGCGACUCAUCCCUCCGGCGGGUUUUUGUUUGCUGGUCGUGUGCGAUCCCCACACUCAUGAACAUACACAGGUCUACCCCCAUCACAAUAGCGAGAUAUGGGAGAUCGCGGAACAAAACCCAGGAUUUCGAAGAGUUGUCGUCUAUAAGGUCCGCCGAGCCCAGCCAGAGUUUCAGCCCGAACCUCGGCUCCCCGAGCCCGCCCGAGACUCCGAACUUGUCGCAUUGCGUUUCUUGCAUCGGGAAAUACUUAUUGUUGGAGCCUCUGGAGGGAGACCGCGUUUUCCGCGCGGUGCAUCUGCACAGCGGAGAGGAGCUGGUGUGCAAGGUGUUCGAUAUCAGCUGCUACCAGGAGUCCCUGGCCCCCUGCUUUUGCCUGUCUGCCCACAGCAACAUCAACCAAAUCACCGAGAUUCUCCUGGGGGAGACCAAAGCCUAUGUGUUCUUUGAGCGGAGCUAUGGGGACAUGCAUUCCUUCGUCCGCACGUGCAAGAAGCUGAGGGAGGAGGAGGCGGCCAGACUGUUCUACCAGAUCGCCUCUGCCGUGGCCCACUGCCACGACGGGGGGCUGGUGCUGCGUGACCUCAAGCUACGGAAAUUCAUCUUUAAGGACGAAGAAAGGACCCGGGUCAAGCUGGAAAGCCUGGAAGAUGCCUACAUUCUGCGGGGAGAUGAUGACUCGCUCUCCGACAAGCACGGCUGCCCGGCCUACGUGAGCCCGGAGAUCUUGAACACCAGUGGCAGCUACUCGGGCAAGGCCGCCGACGUGUGGAGCCUGGGCGUGAUGCUGUACACCAUGUUGGUAGGGCGGUACCCUUUCCAUGACAUUGAGCCCAGUUCCCUCUUCAGCAAGAUCCGGCGCGGCCAGUUCAACAUUCCAGAGACGCUGUCGCCCAAGGCCAAGUGCCUCAUCCGGAGCAUCCUGCGGCGGGAGCCUUCCGAGCGGCUGACCUCGCAGGAAAUUCUGGACCAUCCUUGGUUUUCUACAGAUUUCAGCGUCUCCAGUUCAGGAUAUGGUGCUAAGGAGGUGUCUGACCAGCUGGUGCCGGAUGUCAACAUGGAAGAGAACUUGGACCCUUUCUUUAACUGAGCUCACGCCCCACAGAGACUGGGCUGGUACCGGAGCGGCAGAGGGCAGCGAAGGGACUUCCUCCAGGGACCACACGUCACCUGGCUCCGUAGCAGGAAUGACACUGACACUCACAGGUUUCUUGGUUCAAAGAAGGGAAACCUUCAAGGAGCUGACUGAACAUGUAGCAUGGGGACGGGAGGUGUGGGGUGGGGUCGGGCUCUGGGGCCGGGUCAGGGGUGGGGGGAAGCCCCCUGCAGUUUCUCCUCCCUGAUGGAGCCCCGGAGACCACCCCCCUCAGUUGGCUCUGUCCACCCCACUUUUCAUUUUGUUCAAAACUAGUUGCAGAUCCUGACAGAAUCGAAACUCUCUGCCUCAAACCCACAUCUCGGCAUCGCACUGUUAGCAUCUAACUUCUUGUCAUGAUUCAGGGAAGGUACAAUCGGCCAAGGGUUUUCUUUUUUUUCUUCUUCUUCUUUUUCUUUUUUCUUUUGAAACAAGCCAACCACCUAUCUGAUCAUUAACCGGUCACUUAAAGACAAUUCGGUGCACACAGACUGACAUGAAACCUGGGUGCUAAACUAAAAGAAAAGGAAAGUCCAGUUUGUGUCUCUUAAUCGCUCUCUCAACUCAUUCCUUCGAGGUAAAGUAUUCAAUACCCCGUUCGGGAAGGGACAUGUUCAUUCUCAGCUCCCUGAAAAGGGGAGGGGGACCUGGCCUUCAUAAGCUAUUCUGUUUCGUGUCAGGAAGCUCUUAGAAGUCAAACUUCCAGAGCAUCACUGCUCUCAUAGUUGAAAGAAAGAGAAAAGGAAGGAAGAAAGGAGAAAGGCAUUCGCCUCCUGAGUCUUUUUCCUGUUGAACGACCAGGGUUGCCUGCGAGGCAUCGCGCUGGGCGGAGAUGGGAGUGAGAGAGCAGGAAGCUUGGAGUCGGAAGCCUCUACAACCCGGGGCUCUCAAGAAAACAUGUGUGUCUUUGUUCGAUUGGAGACGAGCGAGACAGAGCAGGUUGUCCCCCAUGUGUAAAAUACAGGGCGGCUCUCUCGUUCCCUUCGUGGAGAAUGGCCCUCUUGGCUUCGGAGGCCCUCUGGUCUGGACAAAAACCUCGGUAGAGAUAAGUGGGAAAGACAAUAAGCUGAAAGCGAGGACGAUAUAAAUAAAACGGCUUCUACCCCCACACGCACCUUUGUAUCUUCGAGAACUCUUCUAUUUAUUAAGGAAAAUGUCACAUUGUGAUGUAUUAAGCCAGUACUUCAAUUACGGGUUGACUUGGGAGACAUGUUACAUGCUGUCGUUAACAUUUAUAUAUAUAUAUAUAUUUUUUUUUUUUCCUUGUUUGAGUAUUUCUGUCCCUGAAAUAACCUUUCCUUUGGCUUUUCUAGAUAGCUUUAUUUGAUUUUGAGUGGCCAAUGUUUUUUUUUUUUUAUUAACGGCUUUUCUAUCGCUGUAUGAUACAGAACUCUUUCGGCAUAAAUAUUUGUGUUUCCAGUACCUCAGUUGUUUGGAUUUUACUGCCUGUAUACGUUGUGUGAACUGGUCCUGUUUUUGGGUAGGUGACACGUGGACUCUAGUAUGUAAAUGUUACUUGAAUCUGUGCUCCAUUAUCGUAUGUGGCAUGUAUGUGCGGACCGUGGAUGCUUCACGCCUGCCCAACAGGAGCCCGGCCGGCCCCUUCCCGAGAGGGCGGCUCCCCCGUUCGUGUCUGGAGACAAGGCAGCCAUGGACGUGCCCUGGAUUCUAUUUUGAUAACAGAAGAUGGAGAGGAGAGGCUUUUUACACGCUGAGGAUGGUGCUGUGUCGAGGAGGACCUGUUUCCUUCCCUCCCCCUGUAUUUUUUAAGGACCCGGGAGGAGGAGAGAGUGGUGACAUGCAUGGUGGGAAUCUGUGGCCUCUGGUGCUUUGUCCUGUAUUUGGUUUAAUGUUUUUGUCCUAAUCUCUUCAAUCAAUAAAAUUGUGCGUAUUUAACUAAAA